UCUUUUGAUACCUGUCAGCACAAGUUUGGGUGUUCGAAAAACAUUUCAUAAUUAGAAAUGCAAAAUUAAGUGGUGUGUUGUUUUGGUCGAUAAAUCAAUAUGGCUAUUAUUUCUAUAAUACCACUUGUUCACACCUUUCAGAUCUUCUCCUAGCUAAUAGUUCCAUCUUGACAUACUCUGUGCUCCUCCUGGUUUUAGUUUCACCCCUGGGAAUCCUCCCUCUAGAAGCAGCUGUUCCCUGAAGAUCUCUCACAUCUCGUCCGUUGGAUAACUGCCACUACAGAAGUUUAUUAUUUGGCUGCUUCAGUUGAGACAAAUCAACGCAUUGCAUCUCGAAUCUCGAGUUUCAGCAUGAAUUUCACGGCUGAGGGCGGAGAUCCAGUGGGAGCCCGCUUUAUGGAUGUCAUUACGUUGCUUCGAGCUUUGGCUUUGGUCAACGACUCCCGAACAAACACAGCGAGGAAUGAAAAACAAUGAACGCGAACGCGAUUCUAAUCGCGCUGCAAUCAAAUUUUCAUACGAAAUUUGUCGCAAAAAACAGUUGUGGGCCAUAUUCGUAUGCAAAUUGGUUGGCGAAAAGGCGGUGCAAGUUGCAAGUUGUCCAAUUCCAAUUCCAAAAGUGGCCUGCAAGCGUUCAUUUAGCCACUUGAGCGCCGGAUACCAAAGAGGGAAAAAUGUGGAAAAUAAUAAACUCAGCCACAAAAGAUAAUAACUCACUUUGCCCUGGAGAGUUUCCCUUUGAAUCUUUUCUUGACUUUGUUUAACCACCUGUUGAACUCUUGCAUAAGACACCUGCAAACAUUCGGUAAUAGCACAAAAGUUCCAAAGAAAACCGAUCCUCAAGCGAAACGAAGCCAAAGUCAAAAGCCCGACCAAAGCAUGUGGAACAUAAAGUUUGGCCACAAGGCCCACAGACCUCGGAGAUCUGAGACCUGAGAGCCCAGAGAUCUGAGACCCCAGAGCAGAAGAAGAAGCCAAAGCAGAAGCCAUUAAUAAGCACAAAGAGGAGCCGCAGUAAAGGGGCAGCCAAAGGGAGGGCUAAAAAUAGACAAAUAUUUGCGUAAAAAUAAGCCAACGAAACCAAAAUGAAGUCAACAAACAUGUGGAUGGCACUGCUGGGAGUGGUUUCAGUGGAGGGGUCUUGGUCUUCCACAUCGAAGGUCCCUCAUUCCCUCCAUAUUGUCCAUGCCAGACACGAAGUUUUCGAGAAGCUCAUAAAACUGCCAGGGCUCAUUGUUCAUCGAUUUAAAAUGCCGGGAGAGAUGACAAUAGAAUCUACUUUGGGGGUCUUAGAAUUCCAUCC